AUGGUAGUUAAAGCGAAGAAGCAGAGUCCGAAGGACCAGACUGCGGCGGAGAGGGAGCGCAGCCCCGCGGCUCCGGGCAGAGGCAGGCGGGCGAGGGAGAGCAGAGCGCCGCCUCAGAGCAGCCUGAACGCGUGCAGAGCCGGCAGCCUCUCCGCGCUCCUCCGGAGCCGACUCGGCCUGGGUCCGGCUGCCUCCUUCAGGCUGCUCACUGUGUUCGCUCUCGCUGUCACUGCAGGAUUUCUCCACUGGCACCAUCUCUUCCAUCUGUUUGAAAACGACAGACAUUUCUCUCACAUGUCAGCUCUGGAGAAGGAAAUGGCCUUCAGGACUGAGAUGGGGCUGUAUUACUCCUACUUUAAAACCAUCAUCGAGGCUCCGACCUUCCUGGAUGGGCUUCAUCUGAUCAUGAACGACAGGCUGACCGAGUAUCCGCUGGUGAUCAACACCUUAAAGAGGUUCAACUUGUACCCGGAGGUGGUCCUGGCCAGCUGGUACCGUGUUUACUCCUCUAUAAUGGACUUCUUCAGAAUCCCCACCAAGAUGUGUUGGUCCAUCAACAGGGGGGAGGGGCUGGAGCCGGUGGAGAGCUGUGAAGGAUUGGGCGACCCUGCUUACUUCUACGUCACGUUUGUUUUCCUGCUGAACGGAGUGAUGAUGAGCCUGUUCUACGUUUACGGAACGUAUCUGAGUGGCAGCCGACUCGGCGGAGCGGUUACAGUUCUGUGUUUCUUUUUUAACCACGGAGAGAGUACGCGAGUGAUGUGGACCCCCCCGCUGAGAGAGAGCUUCUCCUACCCCUUCCUCGUCCUGCAGAUGCUCCUCCUCACCUACAUCCUCAGGAGCCGUAAGCCGAGCCGUAACGCCGUUCUGGCUCUGUGUCUGUCUAACGUGGUCUUCAUGCUGCCCUGGCAGUUCGCUCAGUUCGUCCUACUGACGCAGGUGGCCUCUCUGUUCGUCUCCUACGUUCUGGGCUACUUGAGUCCAGAUAAAAUGCAGACCAUCCUGACCACCCACAUGGUGGCUCUGGGAGUGUGUUUCGUCCUGAUGUUUGGGAACUCCAUGCUGCUCACCUCCUUCUACGCCUCCUCUCUCAUCUCCAUUUGGGGAAUCAUCGCUCUCAGGGACCGGUUCCGAGAAACCUUCAGACCUGGACUUCUCACAUGGGUCAUGCAGUGCCUGGCUUGGGUGGUGACCACGGUCAUUCUGAAGUUCAUGCUGGCCUUGGUGUUGGGGGCGUCGGAUGAUGCUCACAUCAGCAGCCUGAUCAAGUCCAAAUUCACCAGCUACAAGGACUUUGACACCAUGAUGUACACUUGCGCCGCCGAGUUCGACUUCAUGGAGGUGGAGACGGUCCUGCGCUACAUUAAAACUCUGCUGCUGCCCGUCAACGUGCUGCUGGUCGGCGUUAUUGCUGGACGGACCUUAAAGGACGUCGUCUCAUUCAUCAGACAUCCAAGUCCUGCAGAACCUGAAAACGAUCACGGCUCUGACCAGUCAGAGAAGUUGGUGAAGGGUGUGAUGGUGUAUCACAGUCUGCAGUUGUUGGCGUUUGCAGUUCUGGCUGUUCUCAUCAUGAGACUCAAACUGUUCCUCACUCCUCACAUGUGUCUGAUGGCGUCUCUGCUCUGCUCUAGACAGCUGUUCGGUUGGCUCGGUGAAAAGCUGAAGCACCAUGCGGCCGUCCUCGCCAUCCUGUCCAUCAUGGCUGUUCAGGGUGUGACCAACCUACAGUACCAGUGGGGCAUCAUGGGAGAGUUCAGUAACCUGCCUCAGGAGGAGCUGCUGGAGUGGAUAAAGGAGAACACUCCACAGAGUGCGGUGUUUGCGGGUGCGAUGCCCACCAUGGCCAGUGUGAAGCUGUCAACUGGCAGAGCCAUCGUCAACCACCCGCACUACGAGGACGCAGGACUGAGAGAGCGGACGAAGCUGGUGUAUGCGAUGUACAGCCGUAAGCCGGUGGAGGUGGUGAAGAGGAACCUCAUCAGUCUGCAGGUGGAUUACUUCAUCCUGGAGGACUCGUGGUGCACCAGACGCUCCAGGCCGGGGUGCAGCAUGCCGGAGAUCUGGGACGUGGAGGACCCUCAGAACGCGGGGAAGACCCCCCUCUGUACGAUGAUGUCCAGAGAUACUCGGCCGCACUUCAGCACCGUCUUUUACAACAGCGUUUACAAAGUGCUGAAAGUCCCCAAAGCGGCGCGGCCGUCCAGAUAACAGCGCCGCGUCAGCAUCUCUCAGCAGGCGCGAGCGCGUCUGAACGGCUACUGUUCGUUUUCUAAAGCUCGUCUUCUGUGAGAGCCGUUUAUCCUCGGUGUGCGUUUGUUAUGGUACCUGUAGCAGGUGUUUUACUGAGCGCGCUGCUCGACUGUGACUAUUAUUGAUAUUAUUAUUAUUAUUAUUAUUAUUUUUAGCUGAAAGCUGACGGCCGUUCCUGCUGCUGCUCUUCCCCAGAUCAGGACGUUCAAUCCUCCGCUUUUUUCGCCUUCUUUCCGGAGUGGGAACGCGUUAGGAUACAGCUUUGUGUGGAAGCUCAUUCCCACCAAGCAGAGGAGAGAGAAUACCCUGCGUCUCUCGCAGCAGCAGCACGUCUAACGCUUCACUCAGUUUCUCAAAAUAAUGACUUAUUUUCUUAAAAUGAUCAUUUCAGACAGUGACGAAUCACAUUACAAUUAUUACCUUCUUAAAAUUUAGUAACUCAUUAUUUGAACAAAGUAAGUCAGGAUGUUGAGAAAAUCAAUAUUUCAACAAAGGAGAUUAAAAUUUGGGUGAGUAAGUCAUUAUUUUAGAUGGACUGUGGUGUUGAUGAGCUUCACCUUCAGCUAAACCUAAUUAGCCUUAAUUUUGGAGGGAACACUGUUUAAUGCCGUUGUAGCAGGACACGCCCCUUUAAGGAGGAACAGGAGUGAUUUUCUGGUCAUUCGACUGUUUAAUUUAAUAGAAAUGAUGCAGAAUCUGUUCAGUGUUUUCAUCUCGUAGACUCAGGCUGGGUCCGUGGUGUGUGUGGUCACUCUCUGACCGUGCGUGUUUUUAGGAAGUCUGUAGUUCUGCAUUAUUUCCUGAGCGUUUGAAGGUCGACGCUCUGCAUGGGGGUGAAGUUUGUUUCACAAUCGGUCACUUCCUGUCAGCGUUUGCCUCGUUUCCUGUCCGUUACAGCUGGAGGUGGAAAAGGAUGAGCAGCAGAAAAACUGCAGAAGUUCAGAAGAAGACAAACACACACGCACACACACACACACACACACACACAGAGAUACAGAUACACACACACACACACACACACACACACACACACA